GGGCGGGAGGGGGGAGAGCUAAGAGUUCCUCUUUGGGUCGCGCCUGGAAGAGCUGCUGCCGUCCUCAACUGAGGGUAGCCUUCCUGUCUGGCUGCCGCCUUUUUUGCAUCUCCUGACAAGGCUUCGCCGUCCAUCCUCUCAUCCCUUUGCCUAGGGGCCUCCCUCAUCCCUCCCCGUCGGGCUUCUCUCCAUUCCCGGGUCUCUUUCUUUCCCUUUCGCAGACAACCCCCCCUCCUUCCUUUCCUCCCCGCCCCUCAUUGUCUCGUACAGCGCGUUGCCCAAUUUUCAAGGCAAGGGAGAAACUUGACUAUGGGCGAGGAGGGGAAAGCGGCGUCGGCGUCUCCUGUCCUUGCGAGCACCACCACGUAGAAGACCGGGGCUUUCUGGAGCCUGUUGUGGAGCGCGGCGCGUGUGUGCUGAGCGGCGAAGCAGAGUCCUCCUUUUGGGAUACAGCUGCCUCCGCCUCCGCCUCUGCCCCGCUCCAGGGCGGGCGCUGUGUGACUUUUCCUUCUUGGACGCCCGUCCAUCGGAGCCAGAUGUGCGACCUGCUCGACUCGCAGCCGCCGCCCUCCGAGAAGAAGCUCAGCAGGAUGAAAAAGUUGCGGCGAACUUUGUCGGAGAGUUUCGGUCGAAUAGCCUUGAAGAAAGAUGAUAACGGCUUUGAUGAGAUAUGUGUCACAAAGAUGUCUACACGGAACUGCCAAGGAAUGGAUUCUGUGAUCAAGCCCUUGGACACGAUUCCAGAAGACAAAAAAGUCAGAGUUCAGAGGACACAGAGCACUUUUGAUCCAUUUGAAAAGCCAAAUAAUCAAGUGAAGAGGGUCCAUUCAGAGAACAAUGCCUGUAUUAACUUCAAGACUUCAUCCACUGGGAAGGAAUCUCCUAAAAUCAGACGACAUUCCAGUCCUAGCUCUCCAACAAGUCCCAAGUUUGGAAAAGCAGACUCUUAUGAAAAACUGGAAAAACUGGGGGAAGGUUCAUAUGCCACUGUAUACAAAGGGAAAAGCAAGGUAAAUGGAAAGUUGGUGGCAUUAAAGAUGAUUAGACUUCAAGAGGAGGAAGGCACUCCAUUUACUGCCAUCAGGGAAGCUUCUCUUUUGAAAGGCCUAAAACAUUCUAAUAUUGUGCUGCUUCAUGAUAUUAUUCACACAAAGGAGACGUUGACACUGGUAUUUGAGUUUGUGCACACUGAUUUAUGUCAGUACAUGGACAAACAUCCUGGAGGACUUCAUCCAGAUAAUGUGAAGUUAUUUUUAUUUCAAUUGCUGCGAGGACUUUCGUACAUCCACCAGCGUUACAUUUUGCACAGGGACCUGAAACCCCAAAAUCUUCUGAUCAGUGACACUGGGGAGUUGAAGCUGGCAGAUUUUGGACUUGCAAGAGCCAAAUCUGUCCCCAGUCAUACGUACUCUAAUGAAGUGGUUACUCUGUGGUACAGACCUCCAGAUGUCCUCUUAGGCUCAACAGAGUAUUCUACCUGCCUUGAUAUGUGGGGAGUAGGUUGUAUCUUUGUAGAAAUGAUCCAAGGUGUUGCUGCUUUUCCAGGAAUGAAAGACAUUCAAGAUCAACUUGAAAGAAUAUUUCUGGUACUUGGAACUCCAAAUGAAGAUUCAUGGCCUGGAGUUCAUUCUCUACCACAUUUCAAGCCAGAUCGCUUUACCCAGUACAGUGCUAAAAACCUUAGGCAAGCCUGGAAUAAGCUAAGCUAUGUGAACCAUGUAGAGGAUCUGGCCUCCAAAUUACUCCAGUGUUUCCCAAAGAACAGAUUGUCAGCACAAGCAGCUCUGAGCCAUGAGUAUUUCAGUGAUCUGCCCCCACGGCUAUGGGAGCUAACUGACAUGUCUUCUAUUUUUUCUGUACCGAAUGUGAGAUUACAAGCAGAGGCUGGAGAAAGCAUGAAGGUCUUUGGAAAGAACAAUAUUUAUGGCAAAGGUCUAUCAAACAUUAAGCACUGAAGAACAUGCUGAUUUCCCAAAAUAAUUCAGGAACUAAGAUCACCAGACUGGAGGAGAGAAGCAAAGCCUAACAUGAGAGCCAACACUGAAGAUGCCAUGGCCCUGUUUCCUUUCUCUCUCAAUGGUGGAUUUUAGUCACAAGAAAAGUGAUGCUGGCAAGACUUUGUUCCCCUUCCCUCUUUGUUUAAAACCUUGCACGUUUUUUGAUACCUUGUGAUUUCAGAGACCUCUGUGAAGAUUACAUGGCAUGCUCUUUUUCUUUCAGCCUUUUGUGUUGAUUUUAUCUGGUUUUUCCAUAGCAGCACAACACCCUUGUGAAAAAGUUUAUGCUCUUACCAGCAAUGUUUUAUAUACAUUAAAACAACACAUUUGGUGUUCACACUUCCUCAGUAAUGCCUGUAGAUAAAAGCCAACCAUGGCAUGAAACAAUGUCUCUGUUCAGCAAAUGGUUCCACGUACUUUGCAAAUUGUCAGAAAGAUACUUUAAGCUAGAACAGAGCUUGCAAAUUGGUUGUAAGUAACACAGUCAGUAUCUUACAACUAUUACUGCUAUAAAAUAUCAUGUUCCUUUCUUUAACCAUGGCAAUAAGUGUAUCUUAAUAACCCUGAAUUUGGGUACUCUGUGUUGCAUAAUUUGGCAGAUUUCAAAACAGACUUCCUACUGAGCACAUAUUUUGAGACCUAUUUAGAAAAAAGUUUGUUUUGUGGUUCCAUUUUUACUUUUUCAUGUAGCAUAGUUCAAAAUAUAUUCUAAGAAGGAAAAUAAAGAUGAAGGAAAAAUGAGUUUACAUUAGGAAAAGCACUAUGGUAUAGAAACUCUAGUUGCUGAAUGAGCCAUUUAAAAAAACCUAGUUUUGAAUAGUGAUCCGAACUCCAAAUAUUAGUUCUUCCAAACCAAAGCAUUUUUCCAGUUAUUUUUCUGAGAUGUUCAGAUAUGAGUGGAAAAUGCCUCCACUCCUGCAUCUUCAAAUGGGAUUUUCCCCAAGAACUGUUCAAUUUUUAAAAAAUAAUUGUGAAUUGAAGGAACUUCUGUUCUUUUAAGGGAGGAAAAAAGAUGGAGCCUAUGGGAACCUUAAGGGCUGUGACUGUUUUUGCCUGCCACACCCCAUCUCUAAUAUGAUUAAUAACACUCGAAUUCUAGGAGAUGGGGAAUGAAGCAAAUCCAAAUAAAUAAGACAUGCUUAGAGUGGGGAUUUCUCAUCCAUUUUUAUUCAACAUAAAGCUCAUUUGCCACCCUAGUACAUCAGAAGCCUAAAAUCACAUCUAUUUUUGUAACACAUAUGAUUAUAGCAUCUAAUGCUUUCUUAGGAAAAGGAGGAAAACAGGGAUGUAAGACCCAUUCUGUAGUUUAUUUCUUAAACUGAUGGCUUAAUGUUGUUUGGAGUUUGUAAAUUCUUGAUUUUGCAGAAUACUUUUUUUUAGCAUAAGGCAACAAUGGUAAAUAUUCUUCCAUGAUAUUGAUCCAGUAUUUAUUCAAGAAUUAAAAUAUGUAACUUCUUGCCCUUCCCAGUACAGUUGUACCACCAAAAUACUAUUUAUAAAACAUUGGUUAAAUAUCUCAAACUUAGUUUCUGUAGAAACAAAUAAUCACAAAAUUUAACAGAACAUUUUGAACGUAACACAAAUGCCUUAACCGUGACUUGCUUUGAGUUUCAUAUUCAACCUUUUGUAUGUGAUCUCCUUUGCCAAGUCAUAUAUUCAGUUGGAUGCUUCAAGAUGAGUGUCCUUUUAAAAAAAAAAAGUCUCAGUGCUUGCAAAAAUGUGAGGAAUCUUUGAGAAUGUAACAAAGGUUUCAAUUAGGAAAAUGAGGGUAGAUCCUUAGAUGUAAAUCUCUUGCUUUGGCAGCUUAAAGAGGGAGGGAGACAAUUAUGCUCUUUGUUGAAGCAUGUGAUGUAGAGAGGAAUUCUACUGAAGAGCUCCCAUCUGUGGGCUAAAUGCCCAGCACCUUACUGUCCACAAUAAAUCAAAAGUUCAGAGCUUUUGCUUAGGUUUUGCAUGUGUGUUUGUGUGUGUGUAUGCUUCCAAUGUUUUCUCUUUUUACAAUAGCCAUUGAUGCUACUGAAUGUAUUGGCCAAUAAUAUUUAGUUACCAGCUAUCAAAGUCUGAGAGCCAACCCCACUCCAAACAUAUCACUCCAAUUACAUGUUUUGGAAGUGAUUUCCUAUGGAGGAUUGCAUGCAUAAAACACUGUGAGAAUUGAAAAUCCACACACUUUCCAAGAAUUUGUGAUCAGAAUGCUACAUUCUUCCCAGAUCUUUCCUUUAUAAUCCAUGUGGCUUUUCAAUUCCAGUGACAUUUUCCACUUGUAUCCCUUCACAGAAAUCAUUCCCAAAGCAUGCAUGAGAAAGAGUUUUGGCAGAGUCCCUAUAUUUAGGUUCUUAAAGAAGUUACUGUUUUGUUUUUGUCUAUGGUGCUGAGAUUCCAGCAGAAUUUCAUGUACUUCAAGCAAGUAAUUUUUAAACCAGCUGGAUUUGACUUUUGUAGUGAUUAUAUUUUGGUUUUAUUUGGUGGGGGGUAUAAUCACUGGAGAAGAAGGAUGCAUGUAGGAACUGUGUGAUUUAUGAAAGAUGGUCUGAUAUUGUGCAAUUUGAUCUCCUAUAUCCACAUCAUCAGGCUGGGUGGAAGAAAAAUGUAGUGCACUAUAGUUACCCAUUCAAGUCCCCAAUGUAGAAAGUAGUGAUUAAACAAACCUGGCCCCUUUGGAGAGCACAUUCCAAAACUACAAAGGUCUUACCCCAAGUUAUCUUCCAGUGUCCUAGAUGCUUCUGAAUGUCUGCCAAAUCCCAAGGCUGUGUGGCCAUUUUAUCCCUCUCAUUUUCUUAAGGGUCACUCAGGCAAAAUCACUAGUUCCCAGAACUCUGUUCUAGAGAUGUAAAGGCAAUGCAGGAUGGGUUUGCACUAGUGUUGCCUGGUUCCUGGCCUGAGACUGAUCCUGUAUCUUUAGGA